UUGCCAUGGCGACGGAAUGGGCUCAGCGCGUGGCUUGAGACAGCUGCGCCAAUCCAGCGGUGAAGCCGGGGAUGAUGCCGGAGGGAGCCGGCAGGUGAUUGGGCGGUGGCUCAAAUAUGCAAAUAGGGGGGCGUGGCAAAGAGGAGAAAGAGACACAGAGAGAGAAGAAUUGAGCGCAGAAGAGCCUGUCGCGGACUGAUAACGGAUCCUCGUCCGCACUUUGCAGAAAGAUAACAGCGCAGGUUCCAAUGGCAACCCAUAAGGAAACACAAUUUUCGGAAGGAGGAAGAGCUAAAAGUGUCAUGAAUGGAACUGGAAGCUCUCAAGGACAAUGGGGUAGAGCCUGGAAAGUUGACUGGUUUUCCCUAGCGAGUGUCAUUUUCCUACUGCUUUUUGCCCCCUUCAUUGUGUAUUAUUUUAUAAUGGCAUGUGAUCAAUACACUUGUUCUCUGACUCAGCCAGUCAUUGACUUGUUCGUGGGCAAAGCCCAUCUCUUGGAUAUCUGGAAUAAAACACCAGCAUUGACUUGGCAAGCUGCAGCCCUCUAUACUACUUGGGUGAUUUUCCAGGUGGUUUUAUUUAUGCUUCCUGAUUUUUGCCACAAGUUUCUGCCUUUCUAUCGGGGAGGGAGGCAAGAAGGUGCUGUGACGCCAGCUGGCACAGUGCUCAAAUAUGAAAUCAAUGGACUACAAGCCUGGCUUAUCACUCAUACACUAUGGUUUGCAAAUGCCUAUCACUUUCACUGGUUCUCACCCACCAUCAUUUUUGACAACUGGAUUCCACUCUUGUGGUGUGCAAAUAUCCUGGGCUAUGCUGUAUCUACUUUUGUAAUGAUAAAAGCUUACUACUUCCCCUCUAAUUCAAAAGAUUGUAAAUUCACUGGUAACUUCUUCUACGACUUCAUGAUGGGGAUUGAAUUUAAUCCUCGUAUAGGAGAAUGGUUUGAUUUCAAACUGUUUUUCAAUGGUCGCCCAGGCAUUGUAGCAUGGACUCUUAUUAACCUCUCCUAUGCAGCAAAACAGCAGGAACUAUAUGGACAAGUAACUAAUUCUAUGAUACUUGUCAAUGUCCUACAGGCUGUGUAUGUUUUGGACUUCUUCUGGAAUGAAGCCUGGUACUUGAAAACCAUCGACAUCUGCCAUGAUCAUUUUGGAUGGUACCUCGGAUGGGGAGAUUGUGUUUGGCUUCCUUAUCUCUAUACUCUGCAGGGAUUGUACUUGGUGUACCACCCUGUUCAGCUUGCCACAGGCAAUGCAGUUGGCAUUCUGCUUCUGGGUCUGGUGGGCUACUACAUCUUCAGAAUGACAAAUCAUCAGAAAGAUCUCUUUCGUCGCACUGAUGGCAACUGUAAAAUCUGGGGCAAGAAGCCCCAGUACAUUGAGUGUUCCUACAUGUCAGCUGAUGGAAGCAAACACUACAGUAAACUGUUGACUUCAGGAUUCUGGGGGGUGGCCCGCCAUUUUAACUAUACAGGAGACUUAAUGGGCUCCCUCGCAUACUGCCUGUCCUGUGGUCAUGAGCACAUCCUGCCUUAUUUCUACAUCAUUUACAUGACCAUUCUUCUGGUCCAUCGCUGCAUCAGGGAUGAACACCGAUGUUCCAGCAAAUAUGGAAAGGACUGGAAGAGGUAUACUGAUACAGUACCAUACCGGUUGCUUCCAGGAUUAUUUUAAAAAUUUUAAUGUGUGUGCAUAAAGUAUACAUUUAGAGUCCAUAUAUGAAAAAAUUAUUUUCUAUGGACCAGGUUUUCUUAGGGUCUAAAACAGUAGCAUGAACAGUAUUUUUGGAUGUAUCAAAUGGGAUAGGAGCCACGGGUCUGUUAAAACCAUUGUGCCACUAAAAUUUAAAUGUUAUUUCAACGUUUUGGGGGUGAUUUUGUUUUUUAAAAAAAUUCAUUACCAUGAUUUCCCCCCAAUAUCUUUCAAAUUUUUUUAAAAAGGAAAUUUUGAUUAUAAUUAAGUCCAACAUGUUGUUUCACUAUAGCUACAGUCUAUAGGGAAAUGAAAGGGAUCCAGAGAUACUUGUUAAAUCUUCUGUAUCUUUUCUCUUUGAAUCUUUGUACAUAAGUGAUUCCUAGUGGAUUUGUUUCCAAAUUAUGUUGUUCUGAGUGAAUAUGAAUUCUGAACAAUAAACAAAGAGAGUGCACUUAAAUUACCAUGUAAUAAUCUGGCCCUCAGAUAGGUUUACUUUAUCUGGAUUAGAGAAUUUGGAGCUUUCAUUAACCUCUACGUCCAAAUGCAUACUUGAUAAUAUGGGAAUUGUCUUUCAUUCCAUGAUAACUGAGUAGGUAAAUAGUAUGUACCAAUUCCUCUGUUGUUGUUCAUGGUGAAAAUCACUUAUGAACCAAACAGGGUUUAGGAUGACAAAUGAUAAUUUCUUUCUAUUUUCUAGCAGUAUUGAAAUAUUGUCCUUACUAAUUAUUUGAGAUAUUCCCUAAAGUACAUUUGUAUACACACACAUCCACACUCAUAUGCCUUUGUUUUAAGUAAGAAAAACAACUUUUUCACAGUUUCUGUGACUCACAAAAAUGGGUCUUGUGCCUCUACCAUGAUUAGAAGUGAGGAGCUUUCAGCAAAAACCUCAGAUCCUCAUGGGGAUAUGAUGGUUUAACAACUUCUAGUUUGUUUUUUAACAUGUUGAUGUGACCAAACAAUUAUUUUUAAGCGUGCAGUCUCAAUGGAUGAAUCUUCAGCUAUCUACAGAAUUGCGAUGUGGGAGUAAAGGUUUUUGUUUGUUUGUUUGUUUUGUGGAAGAAAACAACAGGAUCUUUACUGCACAGUGAAAAUUGAUGGACAAAAAAAGUUGCAAGUUAUCUUUACAUAGGCAUUGUAAAUACCAAGUACUGUCCAUGCUGACCAAUAAGGUUUUUUUUAUUCUAAAGCUGAGAGAAGUAAUUUCAUACUGAAUACAGCUGUCACUCUGAAAAUAGGUUGCUGACUGAUAAGCAGCUUCCUAGCAUGAAAACUAUGUAUGGUGUUUUUCCUAUGACAUUUUAUGUGGAUGAAGAUGUGGGGCUCACAAUUGUGAGGAGAGAGAUGGGAAGGGACUACUAAGAUUUUGACCAUUCAUACUCUCCUGUUCCUGGAACUGGCUGUCUGCAAAGAUGUAUUAAAGAAGCAUAGAAAUCUACAGAAGAUUGACUAUGCAGCUGUGUGAUCUGGAACAGAACACGUAAUUCAUUUUCUCCUACCAAUAAAUAAAAGUCAAGCUUAUUCAUGUCCUGCCUUUGACACUUUGUAUUCACUUUGAAAGCAGUAGUACUGGAAUUGUUUUUUCACAACACUGAAAUCAAAGAUCAGGGUGUGGGAAGGGUAAAAUACUAGUCAAGGGACUGUCAAUUUGUUAACAUUCCUACAGUGUUAAUUGUAGUGUUGUUUUGUAAAAAAUAAAACUUUUUUUUAAAAAAAUUGAUUUCACCCCAA